CGAGAGCAGAAAUCGAUGGACGCGCGGAGGCCGUACUGCUGGUUCAAACAGCAGUAGCAGUGGAUAGAAAUCAAAUUUUCUUAAUUUGAUAUAAACAGUGUUUCUGCUGUGAGGCUCGUAGACGGACACACAUCGGAACAAGUUGUUAACGGAACUAAGAGCCGGGCUCACUAAGACUGGGCGAAGAAAACCCACACACAACCCAGCGUAAGGUUAGGGAUACAUUCCUUGCGUUUAGCAGACGUGGAGGAGGAGUACCGCAACCGAAAGGCAGGCAGACGAAUACACUGGAUUUUAGAAUCUGUAGGAAGCUGGUCGAUUCCUCGGUUGGUGGUUUGUUUGAUGAUGACCGUUGCAGUUGAUGGUGUUCACUACAUCUAGGCGAUGACGUCGACUGAGCUGCAGACAGGAGCGUGCAUCCUUCUACACUGGAUUCUCCUGCAGGACGUGGUUUUCCACUCUGCUCUAGCCGUCACAUUCUGCACUAAAGCUGUACCUGUUGUUCAAAGUCCUGCCAAGCGGAUUCAUGUUUUGCGGAGAGUUCCAGCAGCGUGCUCCAACUGGGACAAAUCAUGGGCAUGGCUCACAAAGGUGGAUUGUGGGACAAAAUACAAAUUAGAUUACGUCACUGUCCCACCAAGGGAAACUGUCACAUACCGCUUGAAACAGGUCUGUUGUCGCGGCGACGAGGGAUGUCAGAGCGAGUCAGGUCUUAAAUCUACAGGUCUCGAUCCGUCCGAUGAGAAAUUUCUCACCAUCAUUCUCGGGUCGACUGCUGCAGCAGUGCUAAUUCUAGUUACAAUCAUCACCAUCAGUCUCUGUCACAAGAGGAGACAACUGAGGUGUCCAAUCAUCUGUGAAGAACGGAGUCACAUCUAUGAAACUGCUGAAGAUAUCGAUGAAGUGGGAGAACUUGAUCAAGACCGAAACAACUGUAUUGAAGACGGCGGGACGAGAAUGAUCGAGUCUGAAUACGAGGAAAUCCGCGACUGUAAGGCUCGCAGCAAACAGUACGAGGACGACCCUCCGAGGUACACCGACAUUUUUACCGACAAGGACAAACUGGCGCAGCAGCUAGGGCAGAAAUUGGAGGGGGACUCGUUCGAAAGGGCAACAGCCCCACCUUUAGUCUGUGAGGACACUGAGCUAGUCAGACAGGGUAGUCAGAACGCAAACACUGAUAUUCACGAGGUGCUCAGCGGAACGGCCCGCAUUCUCGAGUCGGAAAACAGUGUGCAGUGCGCGGCCAUUAUCGAAGGCAGCGCAGAAAAGUCCUACUAUAACUGUGCGGUGCCCGAGGUUGUUCCGUGUUCUAUGCAGCAGGAGACUGUGUUACAGAGCGACGAUUCGGUGAUUCUCGGCGAAGAUUCCAAACCACAGACUGUGGAUUGCUCAAACUAUGAAACGCUGAAUCACCCCAGCGCGGACGAGGGACAUGAGUACGAGAAGUUGGUGGAUAUUUCCGAGGCCGAUAAUGAUGUGUGCAAGUCUAGGUCAACGGAACAUUCUCCGUGUGAGGUGGACACGACUCCGCAACCGACAUUGACAAUGAACGGUCAUAUUGAAUCAGCCACGUGUUGAAAAACAAAUUUCAUCUGUAGGUCACGUUUAUUGCAGGGCUUGAAAUUAACACUAAUUUGAAAAAGAUUAGGACAAGUUAAUUUAUGGAUCUGCUAACAGAAAAAGCCAUAAGCCUUAAAGGAAACAUGUCACGUGACCUAUAUUUGGCACCAACCAUGUACAAUUAAUUAUAAAUUGAAUCACCUAAAAAAGAAAUUUACAAAAAAUUUAUUACUUA